UGAAGACCUCUCAUGUCUCGCGACAUUGGUCAGCCAAUUGAUGAAUCAAAGCGACUAAAAUUGGGUAAAUAUUCAAGGGUGUUGUCUCGACUGUUAAGUCCUCUAGAAGUCAAGCAAAUUAUGAAAGCAGAGAAAGAAUGUUCUGCUAAUCAGCUUCGGCCAGAGCAGCUGAUUGUCAAUGGUUUGCCCCUGAAGCCUGAUGAGAUGGCAGAAUUACUCGGAUGCCCCUUACCUCCACGUAAGCUGAAGCCUGGUAGAUAUUGCUAUGACAAAGAAUCUGGUCUCUGGGGAAAGGAAGGGGAAAAACCUGACAGAAUCAUAAGUUCAAACUUGAAUUUCAGUGGGAAACUUAGCCUCGAUGCUAGUAAUGGAAACACUGAGGUUUACAUGAAUGGUCGAGAGAUCACAAAACUUGAAUUGAGGGUACUCAAGCUGGCAAAUGUGCAGUGCCCCCGUGAUACACAUUUUUGGGUUUACGAUGAUGGUCGUUAUGAGGAGGAAGGUCAAAAUAAUAUAAGAGGAAACAUUUGGGAGAAGGCAUCAACAAGAUUCGUAUGUGCCUUAUUCUCUCUACCUUUUCCCCAUGGUCAGCCUCAUGUGCCAAAGGAUGAAACUAGUCACUAUACCAUAGCUCCUAAUUAUCUGGAACCGAAAAAAAUUCAGAAGCUUCUUCUUCUUGGAAUUCAAGGAUCUGGUACUAGCACUAUAUUUAAGCAGGCCAAAUUUUUGUAUGGGAACAAAUUUUCUGCUGAAGAGCUGCAGGAUGUCAAACUGAACCAGAGCAACAUGUAUAAAUAUCUUAGCAUUUUACUUGAUGGAAGAGAGCGUUUUGAAGAGGAGGCUGUUUCUAGAAUGAAUGGACAAGGUUCUCCUGGUGAAAAUCAAACUACGGAACUAGGCAGCAAUGGUGAAAUAAGCAAUACUAGUGAAUGCAUCUAUUCCCUCAACCCAAGACUAAAACAUUUCUCUGACUGGCUCCUUGACAUUAUAGCCACUGGGGAUUUAGAUGCAUUCUUCCCUGCAGCCACACACGAAUAUGCACCCUUAGUUGAAGAAGUAUGGAAGGAUCCAGCAAUACAAGAAACCUUCAAAAGAAAAAUUGAGCUUCACUUUCUUCCAGAUAUUGCAGAAUACUUCUUAAGCCGGGCCGUUGAGAUAUCUAGCAAUGAAUAUGAACCUUCGGAAAGGGAUAUUCUAUAUGCAGAAGGGGUUACUCAGGGAAAUGGUUUGGCUUUCAUGGAUUUUUCACUUGAUGACCGUAUCCCAAAGUCUGAAACUUAUUCAGAUAACCUGGAUGCUCAGCUACCACCAUUGACCAAGUAUCAACUCAUAAGGGUGAAAGGGCCUAAAUGAGGGAAUAUGUCAAACGAUUUAACCAAAACCUUUUUUCUUGAGUUGCUUGUGUGCUAUGGAUAACAAUAUCAUUGGUAGAAAAAAAGAUGCUCAAG